AUGCCCGUAAUUCCAGUUGGCUGGAACACCAUCACAAAGGAAGGGCACAACAUGCCAGGAAUCUGGAUAUUUCUGAUACUGAAACAGGCAGAAGGAAAAGUCAAAGUAAAUGAAAAGGGUAAAGGCAAAAAGAGAAGUCCUCUUCAUGACUUCAAAAAAACAGGAGAGUUGAUGCUCAUUAAAGUAAACAAAACACUGGAAAUAAAAACGAAGCUGUUAAAUACCACAGAGCAAUGUGCAAAGAGAUGCAGCAGGAACAAGGGCCUUUCCUUCACUUGCAAGGCCUUUGCUUAUGACAGAGUUACAAAACGGUGCCAUUGGUUAUCCUUCAACAGCUUGACAAAUGGUGUGAGAAAGAAGCAAGACCAUGCGUUUGAUCUGUAUGAAAAGAAGGAUUAUGUCAGAAAUUGUAUCAUUGGAAAAGGAGCAGACUAUAAAGGAACAAUAUCUGUUACAAAAAGUGGUAUCCAGUGUCAGGCCUGGAAUUCAAUGAUCCCCCAUGAGCACAGCUUUUUGCCUUCGAGCUAUCGGGGAAAAGACCUGAGGGAAAACUAUUGCCGAAACCCCCGAGGGGAAGAGGGAGGCCCGUGGUGUUUCACCACCAGUCCAGAGACGCGCCACGAAGUCUGUGACAUCCCCCUCUGCUCAGAAGUUGAAUGCAUGACCUGCAAUGGAGAGAGUUAUAGAGGGCCAAUGGAUCAUACCGAGACAGGCAAGGAGUGUCAGCGCUGGGAUCUUCAGAGACCACACAAGCACAAAUUUCGUCCAGAGAGAUAUCCUGACAAGGGCUUUGAUGAUAAUUACUGCCGAAAUCCUGAUGGCAAGCUGAGACCAUGGUGCUACACUCUUGACCCUAACACCCCCUGGGAGUUCUGUGCAAUUAAAACGUGUGAGAAAACCGUCGUGAACAGCACAGAGGCGACAGCCGAGACCACAACGUGCGUUCGGGGACAGGGUGAGGGUUACCGUGGCACCGUCAGCACCAUAUGGAGUGGAAUCCAGUGCCAGAGGUGGGACUCCCAGUUCCCUCACCAGCACAACAUCACUCCUGAGAACUUCAAAUGCAAGGAUUUGAGGGAGAACUACUGCCGAAAUCCAGAUGGAUCUGAAUCACCCUGGUGCUUUACCACUGACCCAAACAUCCGUAUUGGUUAUUGCUCCCAGAUUCCUAAGUGUGAUGUAUCAAAUGAACAAGAUUGUUAUCGAGGCAAUGGCAAGAGUUACAUGGGGAAUCUAUCCAAGACAAGAUUUGGGCUAACUUGCUCCACAUGGGACAAAAAUAUUGAAGACUUACGUAGGCAUAUACAAAUAUUCAGAGAACCAGAUGUUAGUAAACUGAAGAAAAACUAUUGCCGCAAUCCAGAUGAUGAUUUUCAUGGUCCCUGGUGUUACACAGAUGAUCCUCUUGUGCCCUGGGAUUACUGCCCUAUUUCUCGAUGUGAAGGUGAUACAACUCCUAUUACAACCAGCUUGGAUGAUACUGCCAUUCCUUGUGCCUCAACAAAACAUUUGAGAGUUGUAAAUGGAAUCCCAACACAAACUAACGAAGGAUGGGUGGUUAGUUUGACGUACAGGAAUAAGCAUAUCUGUGGUGGUACUUUGAUAAAAGAAGAGUGGGUUCUUACAGCAAGGCAGUGUUUCCCUUCUCGGUACAAAGAUUUGAAAGACUACAAAGCCUGGCUUGGAGUCCAUAAUAUCAAAGGAAAGGGAGAGGAGAAGCGCAAACAAGUCCGGAACAUCUCCCAGUUGGUAUAUGGCCCCACAGGGUCAGAUUUGGUCUUACUGAAACUUAGCAGACCUGCUAUAUUGACAAAUUUUGUAGAAAUAAUCCGAUUGCCCAUUUCUGGAUGUACCAUUCCAGAGAAGACCAGCUGCAGUGUUUAUGGAUGGGGAUACACUGGAUUAGUCAACUAUGAUGGCCUUCUCCAAGUAGCAAACCUGUUUAUUUUGGGAAAUGAGAAAUGCAACCAAUAUCUCAAAGGGAAGAUUACUGUGAAUGAGUCUGAAAUCUGUGCUGUGGCUGAAACCAUAGGUGCUGGGCCUUGUGAGCGAGAUUAUGGCGGUCCUUUGGUUUGUGAACAAAACAGGCUGAAGAUAGUAACUGGUGUCAUUGUUCCUGGCCGUGGAUGUGCAGUUCGAAAUCGUCCUGGGAUUUUUGUUCGGGUCUCAUAUUAUUCCCGGUGGAUUCACAAGAUUAUGAUGACCUACAGAAAACCCUGA